CAUAACCUGUGACAAUAAGUAGUGAAUUGUUACUUGUAUUGUUUAUAUAAAGUUUUUCAGUGUUUCUAUUUUACUAUUGCAAAAUGAAUAUCAACAACUAAUCUAUAACAAUGGCUGAGUCCACGUUCUCGAAAUCAGCGACCGAUUCACAAUUCGUUCGAAAUGAACCUGUGAAUUAUACAGCCGAGAUUCGACAAAUGAUGCAUGGUUUUGGAGACAGUAGCGAACCUUUAAUGGAAUCAGCGAAAAUUGUGGAAGAAGUAGUUCUGCAACAAAUGAGAACGAUUGUAAGAAAAGCUUCUGAAAUAUCGGAGAGACAAGAAAAUUCAAAGAAAGCUACUUGCAUUUCUGCCGAAGAUCUGAUCUUUUUGUUACGUAAAGACAAAGUGAAGUUACAACGUCUUAUGAAGUACUUAGAGUUAAAGGAAUAUAAGUCUUCUAUACAUAAAGCAAUAGAAAGUGAUGUACCUAAGGAUAUAUUAAACAAUGAAAAUUUAGAAGAUUCCAAACACAGGGGACCAUUUUAUAGUUUUCUUAAUCAAAUUGACAACACCGGUGAACUUCUUGAAGAUGCUUCCACUGUAGAUGAAAUUAAACAACACAGAUGUAUUCGUGCCGAAAUCAUGACAAGAUCUAUGGAUGAAGCCAGAUAUUUGAAAUUUAGCAAAGCAAGGAACGCAUCCUUUGCGAAUAAAAAUAGACACAAAUUCAGCGAUUGGCUUUCAUCAGACAAUGAUAUAACAAUAACAAAACCAGGGUACACAAUUUUAGGGUAUUUAGCAUAUGAAAUGGUAGCGCAGAUUGUGGAUUUAGCAUUCCUAGUCAGACAGGAUCAAAAUAAAAUUUAUGGAGAUGCAAUAGAUCGACUCAGACUUAGCUACGUGAAUCCACAUACUUAUAAACCUUAUUACCAUGGCAAGGUUGCCGUAACAAAACCAAUAACACCCGCAGAAAUAAUUGAAGCUCUCAGGCGGUAUUGGUCUCCACAAUUAGACAUGACAGGUCCAUUCAAUCGUUGCUCGAUGAGAAAACCACAUUUAAAGCUUCUUGCCUGUUGAGAUAGAUUCCAGAAGGGUAAGAAUUAAUUUUGUAAUAUGAACAGACAGAUAUUUUGUUACGUUCAUAGACUGGAAUUUAAAAUGCAUUGUCAGUAUUUUAGACUAAAAAUAUUUUUUUCGAUUUUUCAUUUAGUGUAUUAACUUAACAAU